AUUCAAUUGAUUUUCCUUGCCCCAGUGCUCGUCUCAUGAAGUAGAGAUCAAUAUUUUUGGGGUAUAAGUAGAAGCAUUUCCUGUCUUUCAUCCAAGAAAUCAUCCAGGAAAUUCCCGUUGUUGCUUUAUAUUAAUAUCUUGACUGUUUUAAUUUCCACCGGCAAACCCUUGACCACUGAAUACUUCUACUAUGUCGCGCAUGUCAGAAGUAGAUGUUGAUCCCCUCAACAUCCCAUACAUGGACAACAACUAUGCCCCAUACCCUCCUACCUUUUUUCAAGACAUGCUUCAGCCAUCCCCGGCCCAGGAGUACAAUCUGCCAGGUCUUUCUCUACACAAUGGCCAUGACAUCCACCAUUCCCUCUCCCACCCAGGUGUCUUCCUUCCGCAUGAUUUCGCUGCCACCCCCAAUCCGAGCAACUGCAACACUAUCCUAGGUCAUUCUGUCUAUGGGAAUAGUUCCAACCUAGCUGCAGGUUAUCCAUAUGCGGAGCCAGACCCAAGUGUCACUGUUCCAAGUGUAAACAUAUCUCGACCCGAGGCGACGACAUUGCACCAUCCGCUCCCGCAAAGAAUCAUAUCCCCCCACCAAACACCCUCUCCCAGAAAUAGCAGAUCCAGGGAUACCCAAACUACUACCAGCCAAAGGCAAAACAGAGCACAACUCCCUACCAACUCGUUUCAGUGUCGUUGGGAAGGAUGCAGGCGUAACUGCUCAUUCGGCCGCAAGGCAGAGCUGAUGCGUCAUAUUGAGCUGCUCCACGUCUCUCCGGGCUCGUAUGAAUGUUCGCGUUGUAGUCGGGCAUUCAAUCGGAAGGACAAUUUGGCUGAGCAUAUGCGGAGUCGUCAUGCUGGUUCUGGCUUUUAAAUCUCUAGCAAGUUUAUGGUCGCGUUCGUAGCGUGGUAGCUUUGGUGCAUGGGUUUUCUUUCUUUCCUUUCAUUUUAUUGGUGUAGAUGUCUUUUCGGUGUCUUCUCGGAUAUAGCAACGGUAUGAGCAAUAGGUAGCGUUGUUUUCUUAUGAUGAUCCGAUAUUCUCGAUGUAGGAGCUGUGCAU